AUGUGGGGAUUUGAAGCGUACGCAGAGGGCCUGUCCACCACACCCAACAGACACGGUGCACCUCUCGCCGGCGUUGCACCACAGGAGGGAGAAGCAGCGCCUCUGGCGCCACCGCGGUACCUGUGGAAGAAGAACCGAAACAAUUACCUGUUUGACGCACAAGGGAAGUUGCUCGGCGCCGCGGAAGUGCACAACCCGACGAUAUGGCGCACUCAUCACGCAUUUAGCGCCCGCUGUGCCCUCGUGAGCCCAACGGUCCCCCCCACCGGUGGUGCGGGUGCCCAGUCCUUUGGCGCUCCUGGAUGGGCGGAGCAGGCGUGGACGGCAUACCAAAGCUGGGCUGUUGGCUUCCGGCUGAGCUCUACGGCCACUGACGAGCCUCAUAUUCUCCUCAGCGUCGCGCCAGCAUACUUUCCGAACUUGGUUUCCGCCACCGGCGAAAUCCACAAGGCCAAUGCGGCGACUCUGGCCUGCCUGCCAUGCGCCCCCUCAGCGGAAGAGGAGGACCUCUACAACAAGCGCAUGCUGGAGACGCCGUUAAUCUGGGAAGAGCCGUACGCGCUGUCGGUGGAGUGCACGACUCAUGGGGUCUUUCUGUGGAGUGACCACUGGGGUAUCUUCGGCAGGAAAAUUGCCGACCGCUGCCUGGAGGUGCGCCAGGGUGAAGCGAAGCGAAGCGGCAUUCCGACGCUACCCUCACCUGACCCAUCCCCAUCGUCCGCGGCGGCGGAUGAGGAGGUGGCACCAGUGGUUUACGAUGCUGCGCUGCGCCUGCGGUGGAGCACUGCAGGUACGGGGAGCCAAAGCACCACUGACGGUGGGUCUUCCAGGGCGGUGGUUCCUACACUGUCAGUGGAGCUGAAGACUAGUGGCGACGCGGCAGCGGGAGGAGCAGCGACGACCCGCGAGGAAAAGGUUGGGGAAGAGUUGUGGCAGCAUCUGGUUGACCUUCCCCUCUCGCUCGACGAGGUGGCGUGCAAGGCAGCCUUUCGCCCUUACGUGACGCUGAUGGAAGGCGGUGACUCGGUUGAACUACUUUGA